UUCAGUCGCCAGUUUAGUUGGUAAGAAGUCGGUUGCGCGAUUAGCGGCUGCCAGAGUCUUAGCCGACUGUAUCCGAUUUAUUUGUGUCGAAUUGAUUGAUCGAAUUCAGCGUGCCCUGUCUGAGUCGAUUUCUAGUUGAGCAAAACGUUAUCGGUUCAUCGAAAUCAGCCGUCUGCGGUCUGAGUCGAAGCUAGUUGUCGAUAUAUUUUGAAUGAGACUUUCAAGUGAAUCAAACAUGCUGGAUUACAUGUUUGAGUCUGUCAAAAAGGCGUGUGCCAAGUGCUUUCAAGGCAACGAGCCGAAACACAGUGCAACGACUUUGAGCACUAUAAACAGGCCGAAAUACCCGGAACGAGUGCGUAUAGUCGAGGUGGGUCCAAGAGACGGGCUUCAGAAUGAACCUCAGUCAGUUCCCACAGCCACCAAGAUCGAAAUGAUCGAGCGUCUUUCGAAAACCGGCUUGAAAACUGUGGAAGCCACCAGUUUUGUGUCGCCAAAAUGGGUUCCUCAGAUGUCAGACCACAAAGAAGUAUUCAAUUCAAUAGAAAAGAAAUCUGGUAUCCGUUACCCUGUACUAGUUCCUAAUGUAAUCGGUCUUGAGGCUGCUAUUUCGGCCGGAGUAAAAGAAAUAGCGGUGUUUGGAUCUGCGUCGGAGACAUUCAGCCAUCGCAACAUCAACGCGUCGAUAGAAGAGAGCAUAAAGAGGUUUAGGGAGGUGACAGAGAUCGCGCUAGCACGCGGCAUACGCGUCAGGGGGUACGUGUCCUGUGUGUGUGGCUGUCCCUACGAGGGUCCAGUUGCGCCCAAACAAGUUCUAAAAGUAGCCAAAGCUUUACUAGAGAUGGGUUGUUAUGAUUCUCUGGGAGAUACGAUAGGAAUCGGCACACCUGGGGACUUCAGGACAAUGUUGGAGACUGUCCUGAGUGAAAUUCCUGUUGACAGGAUAGCUGUCCACUGCCAUGACACCUACGGACAAGCUUUGGCCAACAUCCUUGUUGCUUUGGAGCUGGGGGUGUCAGUGAUCGAUUCGUCAGUAGCUGGCCUGGGAGGCUGUCCGUACGCGAAGGGUGCAUCUGGCAACGUUGCCACUGAGGACCUCGUCUACAUGCUCCAUGGCCUGGGAAUCCAGACGGGUGUCAACCUGAGUGCCCUGCUAGAAGUGGGUCAGUUCAUCAGCGCCGUCCUACAGAGGCCGACUAGGUCAAAGGUCGCCCUCGCAAUGAUGCAAAAGUAGUAGGGACCGUCUCAGAGACACUUUUGGACUUGGAGAGUUUGUGAUAACUUACUAGAAGGUGCACACAUGGGUCCUGUAGCUUUGCCUAUUGGCGGAGGGCCAUUGUAAUACUACCCGUUCAAAAACAUUGAACAUUUUUGGAAUGUAUCUUUCCAUAAGCAACAGAUGCCUUUGUAUCUUCUCAAAAGCUACAUGUUUCAUCCGAAAAGAUACACAACGAGCUUUGUCUAUUAGCGGAGGGUCACUAGACUAUAAUACUACCCGUUCAAAAACAUCGAACACCUUUGAAAAUGUAUCUUUCCAUAAGCAACAGAUGCUCUUUUGUAUCUUCUCAAAAGCAACGUGUUGCAUCCGAAAAGAUACACAACGAGCUUUGCCUAUUGGCGGUGGGUCACUAGACUAUAAUACUACCCGUUCAAAAACAUCGAACACCUUUGAAAAUGUAUCUUUCCAUAAGCAACACAUGCUCUUUUGUAUCUUCUCAAAAGCAAUGUGUUGCAUCCGAAAAGAUACACAAUGAGCUUUGUUUAUUAGCGGAGGGUCACUCGACUAUAAUACUACCCGUUCAAAAACAUCAAACACCUUUGAAAAUGUAUCUUUCCAUAAGCAACAGAUACUCUUUUGUAUCUUCUCAAAAGCAACGUGUUUCAUCCGAAAAGAUACACAACGAGCUUUGUCUAUUAGCGGAGGGUCACUAGACUAUAAUACUACCCGUUCAAAAACAUCGAACACCUUUGAAAAUGUAUCUUUCCAUAAGCAACACAUGCUCUUUUGUAUCUUCUCAAAAGCAAUGUGUUGCAUCCGAAAAGAUACACAAUGAGCUUUGUUUAUUAGCGGAGGGUCACUCGACUAUAAUACUACCCGUUCAAAAACAUCAAACACCUUUGAAAAUGUAUCUUUCCAUAAGCAACAGAUACUCUUUUGUAUCUUCUCAAAAGCAACGUGUUGCAUCUGAAAAGAUACAUAACAAGCUUUGUCUAUUGGCGGAGGGUCACUAGACUAUACUACUACCCGUUCAAAAACAUCGAAAAUUGUUGAAAAUGUAUCUUUCCAUAAGCAACAGAUGCUUUUUUGUAUCUUCUCAAAAGCAAUGUGUUGCAUCUGAAAAGAUACACAAGAAGCUUGUUGGAGUUACGUCAUUUUAGCAUAACACAGCCUAUCAGCUGACAUCAUUCGUUCAACUUUCUCUUGGUGAUGCCAUACGUUGCAACUCUCUCUCAUUCAUGAAGAAUCUCUGUAUGUAGGGAGCUUCCUUCCUUCCCUACAGAGCUUCCUCCUUCUAGGGAUCUAGGGUCUCUGAAGCUCAAUGUUUUUGCAAAGCCGUGAAUAUUAAAUAAAUAAAUAUUACCCCGCGAACCAUACCUUGCCGUUUCAUAAUUUACACAAUUAUGCACAGUAAUUAUAUUUAAUUGAUAACGAUAAUGUUAUAUUUUUUAUUAUCUGCCAACACUAUAUGCCGUUUCAAAGUCACGGAUGCGUACUGUAUCAAUCAGAAUGAUACAGUAUCACUAUGGGCACGUUUUGACAGGGAAUGUAGAGCUGUGGCACCUACACACAGAUCUCAAUACAUACUGGAGACAACAGUGAUUUGAGAAACUGUGUUUUGUCUACUUUGGCUGGUCUUAAUUGAAGCAAAAAUCCAGUUGAAAUAAAAUGAAAACUUCUAGUACAGUACCCAUUUUUAAAAUAAAUUCCAUGAUAAUUCAUGGCUUUGAACAGUACUAGCAGGUAACCCGUGCUCCGCAAGGGUCCUAUUAAAACUAGACACAAAAUUGCCGGCUCAAUCACGGUUACCUCCAGUUUAUUGAGCUCAGUGUAUACGUAUGUGCCAGCUCUACAUUUCCUGUCAAAACACGCCUUAUGAUGCUAAAUAAUACCUAAUAAUAAUAAUACUCAACUUGGAGGGUUGAGUGUAAGAGAGGGCCGACUGCGCCCUAACUCUGCCCUCCUAGCUAAAAAAUAAAGGCAGCGAUUCUAUUCUAAUAAUAAUGUCGAGUGACCUGGCUGGCUCAGGUCUGGUGUCAGAGUUUUCAGGUCGCAACUGAUCAAUUUCAGGGCCUCUGACAUGACCUAACGACUGUUUAUUAGGCAGCCGGGUCCGACGUCUUAACGUGACCAUCCGAAACACGAUGCUAAAGUAGUAGGGAUUCUUAAAGACACUUUUGUGUGUAGCUAGCCUAACGAUUCAUUCUGAAUUGCGCUGAUACACAUAAGAUUUUUUCACUUUAAUAUUGACAUGCAUUUAAAAUAAUUUUACAUUUUAAAAAUUUUAAAAUUUGUACUAUAUAUGAUAUCUGUAUGUGUGCUUCUAGCAUUUUAUUGCAAACUCUGUACGAACUUGACAGAUGCUGGUCGUCUGUUACUGGAUGCUGUGCAUCCUUAAACUUAUUUGUUAUUCUUCUCACUCACUAGACUGAUUAUAUUUUAUUUAUGUAUUUUUCUAUUUCAAGUUGACCAUUUAUUUUUUAUUUAUAGUUAGCUCGAUCGAUAUUAUAGGAUACAUUUUAUUAUUUAAUCAUAGAAAAUCUAUUUAUUGGAACCUAGUUCGAAAACAAGCUAGUUUCACUAGUUGAAAUAAUUCUUAUGUAAAUAGUACACUAUUAAUAAAAUUACGACCUUCAAUUUUCAA